AGCUCUUCUGACCAGUUAUGGUUUGCUCCCUGCAAUGCCCAAACUGACCCCAAAUGCCUUUCCCUAGAUUGAUGUCCCCAACAUGGGAGAGUCAAUGGAGUUCUACUUGGAGAUUGACCCCGUCACCUUGAACCUGAUCAUCCUGGUCGCAAGCUACGUCAUCUUGCUCCUGGUGUUUCUCAUCUCUUGUGUGCUGUAUGACUGCCGUGGCAAAGACCCCAGUAAGGAAUAUGCUCCUGAGUCUACCCUGGAGGCUCAGCCCUCCAUACACCUGGUGGUGAUGCAGCAAAGUGCCCCAGAAGCCCACUGGGCAAGGGCACCCAGCCUUCAAUUUAAAAAUCCUGUUCCUCUGGGGAAGAAAAGCACUGUGGUGUGAGUCCGGACAGGAGCUCUGGGGAGAGACUGUCAGGCUUUUACUGAAGAAUAAACUGCCCUGCUGUGGCUCCCACUCUCCCAACACACAGGUCCUUUUGGCUAAGAAAUCUGGAGCUCUGUCUUCCUUUCUGCUUUCUGGUCACUCAUCAUG